CAGCAAGAAGCCCUGUGUAUCUCCGCUCUCCGGACCCGGGGACAUCCCCACGCCCAGCUUCCCAGGCCCGUCUUCCCAGCCUCUCCAGUCCUCCGGGUCUCCACGCAACAAUGAGGCGUGGGCGGGCCCAGCGGCUUCAUUUGCAUACCGCCCCGGCUCGGCCAAUGGGCUGCGCGGGGGCUGUGGAGCGCAGUGUUGCCGUCUGCGUGCGCGCGUGUGUGCGAGUGUGACAGCGGCUGUGGCCGUGGCCGUGGCCGUGGGAGGCCGGCCCGGCGGAGCCCAGCCGCGCGGGGACCGGCCCCGGCGCCAGCUCCCCCAGCGCGUCGCAGCCGCGUGGCCCGGCCGAGCCCAGAGAACACCCAGCCCUGGCGGGGCGCAGUCGCGAUGUCGGUGGCGGGGCUGAAGAAGCAGUUCCACAAAGCCAGCCAGCUAUUUAGUGAAAAAAUAAGUGGUGUUGAAGGAACGAAACUAGAUGACGAAUUUCUUGACAUGGAGAGGAAAAUAGAUGUGACCAAUAAAGCUGUUGCAGAAAUUCUUUCAAAAGCCACAGAAUAUCUUCAGCCAAAUCCAGCAUACAGAGCUAAACUAGGAAUGCUGAACACUGUGUCGAAGAUCCGAGGACAGGUGAAAACCACUGGAUACCCACAGACGGAAGGCUUGCUGGGCGACUGUAUGCUGAAAUACGGGAAGGAGCUGGGGGAAGGCUCCACCUUUGGCAAUGCACUGAUAGAAGUUGGUGAAUCCAUGAAGCUAAUGGCCGAGGUGAAGGACUCUCUUGAUAUUAAUGUAAAACAAACUUUUAUUGAUCCACUUCAGUUACUACAAGACAAAGAUUUAAAAGAGAUUGGGCACCACCUGAAAAAGCUGGAAGGCCGCCGCCUGGAUUACGAUUAUAAAAAGAAGCGAGUAGGUAAGAUACCAGACGAAGAAGUCAGACAAGCGGUAGAAAAAUUUGAAGAGUCAAAGGAGUUGGCUGAAAGAAGCAUGUUUAAUUUUUUAGAAAAUGAUGUAGAACAAGUUAGCCAGCUGGCCGUGUUUAUAGAGGCAGCGUUAGACUAUCACAAACAGUCCACAGAGAUUCUGCAGGAGCUGCAGAACAAACUACAGAUGCGAAUAGCGGCUGCUUCCAAUGUCCCCAAACGAGAAUACAAGCCACGGCCCAUAAAGAGGAGUCCUAGUGAGCUCAAUGGGGUUUCCAACACGUCUUCAACAAAGACAACAGGUGAGAUGACCAUUCUGUGUGACCCCAUGGCUUCCUGGAAGAGCCCCUGGUGGCUGCUCAUGUGGAUUGUCUUCAUGCUCCCUGCCCUCCUGCAGAUCACAGCAGAGAAGUCUCCUGGAGCCUAUUUCCUUCCUGAGUUUGCACUCUCCCCUCAGGGAAGUUUUCUGGAAGAUACAACAGGGGAGCAGUUUCUCACCUAUCGCUAUGACGACCAGACCUCAAGAAACACUCGUUCAGAUGAAGAGAAAGAUGGCAACUGGGACGCUUGGGGGGACUGGAGUGACUGCUCCCGGACUUGCGGAGGAGGAGCAUCAUAUUCUCUGCGGAGAUGUUUGACUGGGAGGAAUUGUGAAGGGCAGAAUAUUCGAUACAAGACAUGCAGCAAUCAUGACUGCCCUCCGGAUGCAGAGGACUUCCGAGCCCAGCAGUGCUCAGCCUACAAUGACGUCCAGUAUCAGGGGCGUUAUUAUGAAUGGCUUCCACGAUAUAAUGAUCCUGCGGCCCCCUGCGCGCUCAAGUGUCAUGCACGGGGUCAAAACUUGGUAGUGGAGCUGGCCCCCAAGGUACUGGAUGGAACUCGUUGCAACGCUGACUCCCUGGACAUGUGUAUCAAUGGCAUUUGUCAGGCAGUGGGCUGCAACCGGCAGCUGGGAAGUAACGCCAAGGAGGACAACUGUGGUGUCUGUGCUGGCGACGGCUCCACCUGCAGGCUCGUGCGGGGACAAUCGAAGUCACACGUUUCUCCUGAAAAAAGGGAAGAAAAUGUAAUUGCUGUUCCUUUGGGAAGUCGAAGUGUGAGAAUUACAGUGAAAGGACCUGCACAUCUCUUUAUUGAAUCAAAAACACUUCAAGGAAACAAAGGAGAACACAGCUUUAACAGCCCUGGAGUUUUUGUUGUAGAAAACACAACAGUUGAAUUUCAGAGGGGCUCAGAGCGGCAAACCUUCAAGAUUCCAGGACCUCUGAUGGCUGAUUUCAUCUUCAAGACCAGGUACCCUGUGGCCAAGGACAGCGUGGUCCAGUUCUUCUUUUACCAGCCGGUCAGUCAUCAGUGGAGACAAACUGACUUCUUUCCCUGCACUGUGACGUGUGGAGGAGGUUAUCAGCUUAAUUCUGCUGAAUGUGUGGAUAUCCGCUUGAAGAGGGUGGUGCCUGACCAUUAUUGCCAUUACUACCCUGAAAAUGUCAAACCAAAACCCAAACUGAAAGAAUGCAGCAUGGAUCCUUGCCCAUCAAGUGAUGGAUUUAAGGAGAUCAUGCCCUAUGACCACUUUCAACCUCUCCCUCGCUGGGAACAUAAUCCUUGGACCGCGUGUUCUGUGUCCUGUGGAGGCGGGAUUCAGAGGCGGAGCUUCGUGUGUGUGGAGGAGUCCAUGCAUGGAGAGACACUGCAGGUGGAAGAGUGGAAGUGCAUGUACGCACCCAAGCCCAAGGUCAUGCAAACCUGCAAUCUAUUUGAUUGCCCGAAGUGGGUCGCCAUGGAGUGGUCUCAGUGCACAGUGACUUGUGGCCGAGGGUUACGCUACCGGGUUGUUCUGUGUAUCAACCAUCGUGGACAGCAUGUUGGCGGCUGCAAUCCACAACUCAAGUUACACAUCAAAGAAGAAUGUAUCAUUCCCAUCCCGUGUUAUAAACCAAAAGAAAAAAACCCAGUGGAAGCUAAAUUACCUUGGCUGAAACAAGCACAAGAACUAGAAGAGACCAGAAUAGCAACAGAAGAACCAACGUUCAUCCCAGAGCCCUGGUCAGCCUGCAGUACCACGUGUGGGCCAGGCGUCCAGGUCCGAGAGGUGAAGUGCCGUGUGCUCCUGACGUUCACGCAGACGGAGACUGAGCUGCCAGAGGAAGAGUGUGAAGGGCCCACGCUGCCCACUGAGCGGCCUUGCCUCCUCGAAGCGUGCGAGGAGAGCCCCGCCUCCCGCGAGCUGGACGUCUCUCUUCCCGAGAAGGACAGUGAGAUGAUUUAUGACUGGGAGUACGCUGGGUUUACCCCUUGCACAGCGACAUGUUUGGGAGGCCAUCAAGAAGCCAUAGCAGUGUGCUUACACAUCCAGACCCAGCAGACCGUCAAUGACACCUUGUGCGAUAUGGUCCACCGUCCGCCAGCAAUGAGCCAGGCUUGUAACACAGAGCCCUGCCCGCCCAGGUGGCACACAGGCUCUUGGGGGCCCUGCUCAGCUACCUGUGGUGUUGGAAUCCAGACCCGAGAUGUGUACUGCCUGCACCCCGGGGAAUCGCCCUCCCCUCCUGAGGAAUGCAGAGAGGAAAAACCCCAUGCCUUACAAGCAUGCAGUCAGUUUGAUUGUCCUCCCAGCUGGCACAUUGAAGAAUGGCAGCAGUGUUCCAGGACAUGUGGUGGGGGAACUCAGAAUCGAAGAGUCACCUGUCGGCAGCUGUUAACAGAUGGCAGCUUUUUGAAUCUCUCAGAUGAAUUGUGCCAAGGACCCAAGGCAUCUUCUCAUAAGUCCUGUGCCAGAACAGACUGUCCUCCACAUUUGACUGUGGGAGACUGGUCAAAGUGUUCUGUCACUUGUGGUGUUGGAACCCAGCGAAGAAAGCAGGUGUGUCAAAGGCUGACAGCCAAGGGCCGGCGCAUUCCUCUCAGUGACAGGAUGUGCAGGGAUCUUCCAGGGCCCCCUCUCGUCAGAUCUUGCCAGAUGCCUGUGUGCAGCAAGAUGAAACCAGAGGUGAAGACGAAGCUCGGUGAGCAGGGUCCUCAGAUUCUUGGUGUCCAGAGAGUCUACAUCCAGACGCGGGAAGAGAAGCGCAUUAACCUGACCGUCGGUAGCAGAGCCUAUUUGCUGCCCAACACAUCCGUGAUUAUUAAAUGCCCAGUGCGACGAUUCCAGAAAUCUCUGAUCCAGUGGGAGAAGGAUGGCCGUUGUCUGCAGAACUCCAAGCGACUUGGCAUCACCAAGUCAGGCUCCCUGAAAAUCCACAGUCUUGCAGCCCCGGACAUUGGCAUGUACCGGUGCAUCGCAGGCCCUGCACAAGAAACAGUUGUUCUCAAGCUCAUUGGCACUGACAACCGUCUCCUUGCACCCCCAGCCCUCAGAGAGCACCUGAGGGAACACCCUGGGAUGGACCACAACGAAGCCAAUAGUUUGGGAGCCACAUGGCAUAAAAUGAGGCAAAUGUGGAGUAACAAAAAUGAGCUUUAUCUGGAUGACAGGCAAGUUAAUAACCAGCCUUUCUUGAGAGCUCUGCUGGGCCCCUGCAGCAAUUCUGCAGGAAACACCAACUCCUGGGAGUUUAAGAAUAAGCAGUUCGAAGCAGCUGUUAAACAGGGAGCAUACAGCAUGGAUACUGCCCAGUUUGAUGAACUGAUCAGAAACAUGAGUCAACUCAUGGAAACCGGAGAGGUCAGUGACGACCUUGCAUCCCAGGUGAUCUAUCAGCUGGUGGCCGAGUUAGCUAAGGCACAGCUGGCACACACGCAGUGGAGGGGCAUCCAGGAAGAGGUGCCUCCUGCAGCUCAGCUAAGGGGGGAAACAGGAAGCGUGCUGCAAAGCUCAAAGUCGAAAAACUCGGGCAAGCUGACAUUCAAGCCAAAGGGACCCAUUCUCGUGAGGCAAAGCCAACCCACCCCGAUUUCAUUUAAUAAAACAGUAAAUUCAAGGAUUGGAAAUACAGUAUAUAUUACGAAAAGGACGGAGGUCGUCAAUAUACUGUGUGAGCUUGUUACCCCCAGUGAGGCCACAUACACAUGGACCAAGAAUGGAGCAUUGUUACAACCCUCAGAAAAAAUAAUUUUGGAUGGAAUGGGGAAAAUACAGAUACAGAAACCUACAAAGAAAGAGGAAGGUGUAUAUGAAUGCUCUGUGGCUAAUCAUCUUGGUUCAGAUGUGGAAAGUUCUCCUGUGCUGUAUGCAGAGGCGCCUGUCAUCUUGUCUAUUGAAAGAAAUAUUACCAGACCCGAGCACAACCAUCUGUCCAUUGUGGUUGGAGGCAUCGUGGAGGCAGCCCUGCGAGCCAACGUGACAAUCCAAUGUCCUGUAAAAGGUGUCCCUCAGCCUAAUAUAACUUGGUUGAAGAGAGGAGGAUCUCUGAGUGACAAUAUUUCCUUGCUUUUCAAUGGAUCCCUGUUGUUGCAGAACGUUUCCCUUGAAAAUGAAGGAACCUAUGUCUGCACAGCCACCAAUGCUCUUGGAAAGGCAAUGGCAACCUCUAUACUCCACUUACUAGAACAAAGACCAUCAGACAGUAAAAUUGUGUUUCCCAAGGACCGUAAAAUGCAUAUGCUCCAGGCAUCCCUCACUGGAACCAACAGCAAUGACCCAACAGGAGAACCCCUACCUCCAGAGCCUUUCUGGGAGCUUGGCAACUGGACACAGUGUUCUGCCACCUGUGGCCACUUGGGAUCCCGUGUUCAGAGACCCCAGUGUGUGAUGGCCAAUGGGCAGGAAGUGAGUGAGGCCCUUUGUGAUCACCUCCAGAAGCCGCUGGCCGGGUUUCAGCCCUGUAACAUCCAGGACUGCCCCUCGAGGUGGUUCACGAGCACAUGGUCCAAGUGCUCUGUGUCUUGCGGUGAAGGAUCUCGCAGUCGGCAAGUGACAUGCAAGCGCACAAGAGCCGACGGAACUGUGCAGGUGAUGUCUCCAAGAGCAUGCGCCCCCAGAGACAGGCCUCUGGGGAGAAGACCAUGCACCAGUCAUCCGUGUGUUCAGUGGGUCAUUGAAGCAGGGGGCCAGUGUCCUGGACGUUGCCUGGGUCACCCUGUGAGGAAGCAGCAGCAUCACGUCGUUUGUCAGCACCACAACCGCUCUGGCUGUGACGACAGCAGGCCCACCUUCAGGAGGAACUGCUCGUCAGGGGCGUGUGACGUGUGCUGGCGCGCAGGCCCUUGGAGGCCCUGUACGGCAGCCUGUGGCAGGGGCUUCCAGUCUCGGAAAGUCGACUGCGUCCACACAAGGAGCUGCAGACCAGUGGCUGAGAGACACUGUGUGCAGAAAAAGAAACCCACUUCCUGGCGGCACUGUCUUGGGCCUUCCUGUGAUAGAGACUGUGCAGACACAACUCACUACUGUAUGUUUGUAAAGCAUCUUAAUUUGUGUUCACUAGACCUCUACAAACAAAGGUGCUGCCAGUCAUGUCAAGAAGGAUAAACCUUUGGAGGGGGUCCUAAUGCUGCUGUGAAGAUAAAAUAAAAAUGUAAAAGCUCUUUUCCCCAUGUUCAAAAACAUGUAUUUCUUCAAAAACUCUAGAUUCUGCAAUCAGAGGUCGAUGCAAAAUCACCACUGUCGGAUUUUGUAGUGUCAUUUUCCCACGGCCAGUUGUCAUUUCCAGCUCUUUUACCUGAUGCAUUGGAGGACUGACAGAAAUCCCGUCCAGAUGUGCCACUGCACAGGGGACUGCAUCGCGUGCUCCUCAUCAGGAAAUCACCAAGAUCACCGCUGCAUUCUCACAGGGGGCUGCCUCUUCCUGUGAUUUGUAGACUAGUGUAGAGUAGGACAUCCUGAAGACCUGGGCAACACAGUGACUGGUGACUUCCUUUUCUCUCGAGGUUUAGGGUUUCAAUAGGUUUAUAAGGCAUUUACAUUUCAGAAGCUCUGGCCAGUAGUUGUUAAGAUGUUGGCACUAAUGGCAUUUUUAUGGAUCCUUAAGUUUAGUCUGUGAAAAAGAGACAAUCCCUCUGGACAGGCUUGUAACACUGACUGAUCCAGGAUAAUGGGGGUGGCACCUUGUCCUUGCUCUUAGAGAACCCGUGGGAGAAAACACAGAGUAAAUGUCGCUGCCAUUUUCACAACUACGGAAAUUGACCUGUGACCAAAUGAGGCGUCUUGGAAAUCAAAGGAGAGGGAGAGUUAACCUUUUCUACUGAUUUUGACGUCUGUUCGAAGCUUUCUUUUAAGAGCUGUGAAGGAAACUUUUCUAAGCGCUAUUCUCUUGCACACAAACAGAAAAUUAAAGCCUUCUUAGACCUAAUUUAUGCAUAAAAUAGUAUUCCUAAGGAUUUUUAUUUUGGAAAAAUUAUAAGAAAGUAAUCUAAAUAUGAAACAUGGUAGGUGAAAAGAACUGUUUAUAGUAAAUAAUUGUUUUAAUUUGGACUGAUUUUUCAGUAAAUCCACAGUGAAUUAGGGUUAGGCUGGAAGUUACAGUUAGGACUAGGGAUGAGAGAAUUUAGUGAAUAAGUUUAGGAUUAGCAUUAGGUGAGAAUGGAAGUUAAGUUAGGAUUAGGGCUAGAGUUGGCUUUAGAGGUUAGGGUUAGGGUUGGGGCCAGGUUAGGUCAGAGUUGGGCUGGGUUUAGAUUGGGGCCAAUGCUGGUGUUAGUGUCAGAGUGGAGGUUAAGUUUGGAGUAAAUGUUGCUGCUGAAGUCUUGUGGGGCUAGCAUUAAAUUGUAAGUUCUAAAGCCAAUUUGGUUAUGGGGCUGUUUCCCUUACCUUCUACCAGUUCCAGCUUUAGAUGGCACACAACACCAGCAAGUGGCCAUGCUUCUCUAUUGUGCGCCCCAGCUGCUGGUACGCAUGCUGUCUACAGUCUGUCGGCAGCUAAGCUCCCGAGGCAGUGGUGCUGGACCUCGUCGCUGGUCACUAGGAAGUGAGCAGCGCAUUUGGCUUUGGAUUUGUCUGUGGACAAGCUUGCUGAGUCUCUACCAUCUUCUGAGCACCAGGUCUCUUGUUCUGGCUUCAGCCUCACUGACACUGGGAUGAGCACUACUGUAUGUAGAGGGUUUGGUGGUUGGGAUGGAUGUGGGGGCAUGAAGAGCACACACCAGCCCGUGAGUUGUUAAGUCAUCAAUCACAAUUGAUUGUUGAAGGUUUUUAAAUUAAAAGAAAGAUCAUUUGUAAAAUACUCUUUGUAUAUAUUUAUUAUAUGACUUAAAGGUGCAAUAUUUUAUUUUGUACAGUAUGUA